UUUGAGGUUGAAGUUUAGAGCUUUGUAUUAGUGUUCAAAGAUUGAAGCUUUCCCUCCGAUGGCUAUUUUCUUGAUGCUUUUGCUUUUGCUUGUCUCGACUGUUUCUGGUGAUGAAAAAGCCUUUGUCGGUGUGAACAUUGGUACAGACCUUUCCGACGUGCCCAGCCCUACUCAAGUGGUGGCCUUUCUCAAAUCUCAGAAUGUCCGGCAUGUGAGGCUUUAUGAUGCUGAUCGAGCUAUGCUUCUCGCACUUGCUAACACAGGCAUCCAAGUGAUUGUCUCUGUCCCCAAUGAGCUGCUCCUUGGUAUUGGUCAAUCGAAUGCCAGUGCAGCCAAUUGGGUGGCUCGCAAUGUUAUAGCCCAUGUCCCUGCCACUAACAUCACGGCAAUAGCUGUUGGAUCCGAAGUCCUAACUACACUCCCGAAUGCCGCUCCAGUCCUUGUUUCUGCCUUGAAGUUCAUCCACUCUGCCCUUGUUGCUUCUAAUCUCGACAGUCAAAUCAAAGUCUCUACUCCACAUUCGUCUUCGAUUAUCCUGGACUCUUUUCCACCUUCUCAAGCCUUUUUUAACCGUUCAUGGGAUCCUGUCAUGGUUCCAUUGCUACAGUUUUUGCAGUCUACGAGGUCGUACCUUAUGCUCAACGUAUAUCCAUAUUAUGAUUACAUGCAAUCAGAUGGCGUUAUCCCAUUAGACUAUGCACUUUUCCGUUCUCUCCCUCCGAACAAAGAAGCCGUGGAUGCUAACACACUCCUGCAUUACACUAACGUCUUUGAUGCUAUUGUUGAUGCAGCAUACUUUUCGAUGUCUUAUUUAAACAUCACCAACGUUCCGAUUGUAGUAACCGAGUCUGGUUGGCCUUCUAAGGGUGAUUCAUCAGAGCCCGAUGCUACAGUUGAAAAUGCUAAUACAUACAACAGUAACUUGAUCAAGCAUGUAAUUAACAACACUGGGACUCCUAAACAUCCGGGGAUUGUGGUUAGUACUUACAUUUAUGAACUUUACAAUGAGGAUUUGAGACCUGGGCCGGCCUCAGAACAGAAUUGGGGGCUAUUUGAUGCCAACGGAGUACCAGUUUAUACUUUACACUUGACUGGUGCUGGUACUGUUUUUGCAAAUGACACUACGAACCAAACCUUUUGUGUCGCGAAAGUGGGUGCCGAUCCGAAUAUGUUGCAAGCAGCUCUUGAUUGGGCUUGUGGACCAGGGAAAGUUAAUUGUUCACCUUUGUUGCAGGGGCAACCGUGUUAUGAACCCAAUAAUGUGGUUUCCCAUUCGACUUAUGCUUUCAAUGCAUAUUUCCAGCGGAUGGGGAAGUCUAUCGGAACCUGUGAUUUCAAGGGGGUGGCUACCAUCUCUUCAACUGAUCCAAGUCACGGUUCAUGCGUAUUUCUCGGAAGUUUCAGGAAAAACGGCACCAUAACUAACGACACAUCACUGGUUCCUUCAUCGAAUAACACGAGUUCAGGCUGCACUCCACAAUAUUUCUAUGUGAGUGAUUCACUUACAACCUCUGUGAUUAUAGGCGCCUGUGUUUUCCUUUUCACUGCUGUUUUCUUGUAGUACUUGUUUGUACUUUAUUCUAGGUUUUAACAGCAUUCAAAUAUAUCGAAAAAAAAUUCGGAUUCCAUCUCUGUGGAAUACUUGCAGCAAAUCCGAUUUUGUAUCUCCUAUAGGAGUUGAGUUGAAGGGUGUCCGAUUUAACUGAACAUAUCGAUAGCAAGUAAUUCUUUAGACGAGUUAGUUCAUUAUCAUUGGAUUAUUGUACAAAAAUUCCAAGAGAU